AAACAAAUAAAAUUUACUUUUUCAUAUCUUCUACUCAAAUCAAUCAAUUAAGUAUCAAUUUGUGAACCAUACAUUUCUAUAAUAAUAAUGUUAUCAACUGGGCAAACUAAAACUAAAAAACCUAUUUGUCGUUCCAAAUCAUGGAAGAAUGAAAAACAUUGUAAACUAUUUCAUGAACAUGAUAAAAAUAAUGAUGAGAUUGUACAAAUAUCUAAAAGAACAUCAAAAUCUGUUACUAUAUUACCUUAUCGAUCAAAAAAUUCACAAUUAAAUGAUAUACAAUUUCAAUCAAAUUUACAUUGUAUUGAUCAUAUAAAACAAAAUUUCCAUGAUGAUCUAUAUUCAUCUGAAUCCAUGUCACCUAGUUCAACAUUAACUUCUAUAACACCUAUGACAUCCCCUUUAUAUUGUUCAAAAUUUCGUAAUCAUAAAUUAUUUACAUGUGAAAGAAUGGAAGGUGAAAAUUUAUCGUCAACAUCAUUAUCAUCGUCGACAACAACAACACCUUCACCUCUACCACCACUACCACCACCACCACCGUUAUCGAAAUCAUAUUCAUCUAAUGGACAUUUUUUUACACCAAAUCAAAUAUUAUGCAAUAAUGAACAUCUUAAUUUAUCUGCAAAAAAUAAUUGUCAAAUAGACUCUUCAAAUGGUAUUAUUAGUAAUAGUGAACGUACAGGAAAUUCAUCAUUCAUCUACAAUAUUAAAUCAAUCUUCAGUCGGCUUGUUGACAACUUACGUAACAGAAAUAAUCUUAGUCUUAGUAACAGUAUCAGUAAUAGCAAUAAUAGUGUUAAUAAUAAUAAUAGUAAUAAUAAUAAUAAUAGUAAUGGUAAUAUUCCGAAUACAGUUAAAAUUAAUGCAAACGGUGAUAAAAUAUCAACAGUAAAAUUGAAUAGAUUACAGAUAUCAUGGUUGACAAAAUCCACUGCUCAAGAGCAAAAUCGUGUCCAACAAGUGUAUACACCAACUUCAACCUCCGUUACCGAUGAUGUUCCUAUUGAUAUUGCUAAUGUUAAUUGUUCUGAUGUACUUGGGAGAUAUAAAAAAUUUAAUUCUUAUAACAGAUCGAAAGAAGAUCAAAUUCCUGACAGUAUAAACAUUCAUGAUCAAAAUAAUGAAUUAUGUAAUAAACAAAACCUUAUCAUUGAUAAUGUAAAUAAAUUAAAUAAAUCUGAACCUUCUACACAAACCCAAUAUACAAAUACAACUAAAGAUGUAAUUCAAUCUAAAGAGAACAAGCCAGGACAACUAUAUAGUAUAUCAUGUUUUACAAAUCAGUCUAAUUGUUUUGGUCAUAUUCAUGAAUUGAAUCAAUCAGAAAUCUAUCAUAACAAUAAUCAACUUUAUUCAUGUAAUUCAAUGUGUAAACAUGAUCAUAAUCAUUCUAAUAAUGAAACUAGUUUAUUAACAGAUAGUUCAUCUAAUUUCAAUCAAUUGAAGUCUAAUAUGAAGAUCAACAAUAAACUACCUUAUAGAAAUAGUAAUACAUUUCAUAUAAAAUCAUCAAAUAUUGAUCAUCCAAAUAAAUUAAAACAUACUAUUUAUUCUCAUCAUCAUCAUCAUUAUGUUAAACAUUGUCCAUCAUCAUCAUUAACUCCACAUUCUAUACCAGUUCAUCGAAUGAUUCAUUCAACUCCACCAUUUACAUUGAAACAUUUAUCAACUAUACGUAAUAUGUAUGAACAAAAUGAAUAUUCUACAAAAAUUGAUAAUAGAAAUUAUAUAAUUAAUAAUAAUAAUAAUGAAUUAUCUAAUAAUGAAGAUCAAUCUGAAUCAGAAUUAUCAUCAUCAUCAUCAUCAUCAUCAUCAUCAUCAUCAGCAUCUCAAUUAUCAUCAUUUGAUCGUCCACGUUUUUAUAGUAGUAAUAUGAUUUUAUUAAAACCACCAAAUCAUCAUUCAUAUAUGAAAUUCAAAUAUAUUACAGAACAAAUUCUUUUAGCUAAAUCAAUAUUUGAUGAAAAUCAAUCUAAAAAAAGAUCAAAUUCUUGGUCAGUUCAUCGUGGUUUUAAUCUAAACUCUUACAAAUGUGAAAGAUCGAAUAAUCUGGAAAGUGAAGAUGAGUUUAGCACAGACGGAACUGGAAGACCAUCGGAAUGUGAAUUCAAUAUCCCAUUUCAUGAUAUAAAAUUACUUAGAUGUUUACAAAAAGGUGAACGUAAAGCAAUUUAUAAAGGCCAAUGGCAUGGUGAUGUUGAUGUGCAUAUUUUUGAAGAUUUAAGUCGUACAGAAAGAAAACGAUUUUGGCAAGAUAUUACACGACUUAUGAUGACUAGACAUGAAAAUAUUGCUUUAUUUAUGGGUGUCUGUGUUAAUCCGCCUAAUUUUGCCAUUGUAACUAGGUGAGUUUCAAUGAUUAAGUGAAAUUAUUU